UUUUUAUCCCGGAAGGUCAACCACCAAAAUCAGUGGGGCAAAAGCCGGGAGUCAUUUGCCAGUAUUUUAUUAAGAAUAGAACUGAUUACAACAGAGAGGGGGACCAAACCGAAACCUCUCCCGCAGAAAAUAUAAAUUAAUACAAACAACGAAAAGAGGGAAAACCAAACAAAUCACGAAAGUAAGCAUUACGGGCCAUAGAAGGAAGUUCUUUAGGGAGCUGGAAUGAAUGGACCUGGGCCGUAGAUGAAACAGCCAAAAAGUGAGCGACCCAAUUCCCUUCACGUAAGACAUGUCUGAACCGAAUCCCCUUACUAAUUUCGAACAGCCUCAUUUCCUGAAAUAUGAUCUUCCAUCGUCCACCAAUCACCUGAGGCAACAUCGAGAGAACAUCUGCAGCAUCCGUCUCGAGCUCAAACCCGGUGAAUCCAGCAUCAACCGCCCAGCGAACCGCAUACACCACCGCCAUAAUCUCUGCUUUUAAGCUCGAGUAAGCUUCGAUGGGGAAGGAUACUGCUGCAACCAUAUCACCACUUGGAUUCCUUAAAAUCGCACCUCCCCCAGAUUUAUCAGGGAGUUUCCACCUUCUUUCUUGGAAGUUGCCAAGAGGCAUCUCACACCUUCUUGGAAGGAGGUCUCCAACAAAUAAAGAUGGGAGAAGAUAUGGAGAUAACUAUGGAAGCAUGGAUGCAACUUCCUCUUGUCUCCAAAGUAGCCUAUAAAUAGAGUGUUCUAUUGUUGUUCAUAUCAUCAGUUUAGAAAGUGAGAAAAGUGUGUGAAGAGUGAAAUACACUUAGAGUAGAAGUGUAUUGGUGAGGAUUGGUUUUUUGUAAUAGUUGAGUGUGAGAGUUUGCUCCUCCUAUUGUAAUUCUGUUCUUGAUAUUGAAUAGAAGAAUUUUCCAAUCCCAACAAGUGGUAUCAGAGCGAGGUUGAGCUUUCAUACACUGUUUUCUCAUUUUCAGAUAAAUUUCUACAGGUUAGAAAAUCGUGAUUUUUCAAGUUGCUCGGAAUCACGAUCUGAUCAUACCGUUAGAUUCGUCUCGUCGAGACGAGAAAUCUGGUAUUUUUGGGGAAUUUUUUGGCCACCGGAAGAGGCCGAACGCACCGCCCAAACGCGCCGGAAAACUGCCUGCGUCAUCAUUGCGUCAUCACGCAGUCCAGAGGAAGAAGACGAGCCACGUCAGCGCCACGUCAGCCGCCACGUCAGCGCCACGUCAGUCCACGUAAGCGCCACGUCAUCCGCCACGUCAUCCGUGCAAGCCAUCCUCUGGGUGCCACGUCAGCGCCACGUCAGUGACACGUGGCGCCACAUCAGCGCCAGCGCAGUCCAGCUGUUGCCACGUCAUCCGCCUGCUGGUCUGCCCACUGGUUUGUUGCUUGAACCGGACCGAACCGGUUCGAAGUUGUGGAGGCCGGUUCACCUAUUUCCAGACCGGUUUUGGACGAGGUCAGACCGGUUCCUACCAUUUUCGGCCAUUCCGGAUCCAACGGUGAGCUCCGUUUGUCCAAAUUCGGCUCCAAAAAUAAGGUACGAGAUAUUUUGAGCGUUUUAUUAUGGAUAAAUCAUCAUCGGACACCAUGAUUGCGCUCACUUCCACAAAUUACAAUAUGUGGAAGCCUCGGAUGGAGGAUUUGCUAAAUUUGAGGGAUUUAGCCGAUCCUCUUGAUAAUAAUGGCGUGAAACCGGAUAAAAAGACGGAUGAAGAAUGGACAAAAAUGAAUAGAAAAACUGUCGCACAAAUUCGACAGUGGAUAGAUCAUAGUGUGUUCCACCAUGUUGCGCAAGAACAAAGUGCUUACACACUAUGGGAGAAGCUUGGUAGCAUGUAUCAAGCAAAAACCGCCCGAAAUAAGACGUUACUAAUGAGGAGAUUAGUAAACCACAAGUUACGAGGAGGUAUUUCGGUGUCAGAACACACCAGUCAAUUCCAGGAUCUUGUGAAUCAGUUGAGCACCACAGGAUGGGUUCUCAAAGAUGAAGAGCAGGCGAUACUACUCUUGAGCUCUCUACCUGACAGCUGGGAGACUCUUGUUGUCACUCUCAGCAAUUCUGCCCCCAAUGGCAAAGUGACUAUGCAGAUGGUCACAGAUGCCCUUAUGAACGAAGAAGCCCGAAGAAAAGAAGCCGGGACUGAACAAUCAUAUGCCUUCGUGUCAGAAACCAACAGACGAGGGGGAGGCAGAAAUGGAGGAAGAAGUCGAGGUCGAGGUAGAGGCCAAGGUCAAAACAGAGGAAAUUCUCAAGUUCGCGGCCGAUCACAAGAACGAGGUAUGUCCUGUGAAAACAAUACUUGGUUUGAAGGAUAUUGCAACUAUUGUGGUAAUUAUGGGCAUAGAAAAAGAGAUUGUAGAAAGUUUCUACGAGAACAGCCACAAACGAGUCAAAAUACUAGCCAAGAAGAUGGUGAGGCCAUGGUUAGUUUGUCAUCAGACGUGUGUCUUGUUACACAUGGUGAACAAGAAUGUUUACACGUAGGUACUCAUGAAGUUGAGUGGGUGAUUGAUACAGCCGCAUCAUUUCACACUACUCCACACCAGAACUUAUUCACAUCUUAUAAGUCAGGAGACUUUGGAGCUGUGAAGAUGGGAAACACGAGUUUCUCGAAGAUUGUUGGCAUUGGUGAUGUGCACAUAACAACCAAUGUCGGAUGCGCACUUGUGUUGAAAGAUGUUCGACAUGUUCCGGAUCUUAGAUUGAAUCUCAUCUCCGGUACAGCUCUGGAUCAGCAAGGAUAUCUUAACCGAUUCAAAGAAGGUAUGUGGAAGUUAUCUAAAGGUUCAUUGGUUGUUGCAAGAGGCAAUAUUUGUGGUACUCUUUAUAAAACUCAUGCAAAGUUAUGUCAUCCGAGUCUCAAUGCUAUUGAAGAAGAGAUAUCACCAAACUUGUGGCACCGGAGGCUAGGCCACUUGAGCGUGAAGGGAUUGACAACUCUUGCAAAGAAGGAAGUCAUUUCCAUGGGCAAAGGUGUUGCCCUAGAUCCAUGCGAGCACUGUCUAUUCGGGAAACAACACAAGAUUUCCUUCAGUUCUACCAGGAAGAACCAUUUAGAGUUACUCAGUCUUGUACACUCUGAUGUAUGCGGACCCAUUGAAGAGGAGUCACUUGGAGGAAGCAGGUAUUUCGUGACAUUCAUUGAUGAUGCAUCACGAAAGGUAUGGGCUUAUUGUUUGAAGAGUAAGGAUCAAGUGUUUGAUCGCUUCAAAUUAUUUCAUGCCAUGGUAGAAAGAGAAACAGGGAAGAAGUUGAAGUGUCUACGUUCAGACAAUGGAGGAGAGUACACUUCCCGAGAGUUCUCAGCAUAUUGCGCUGCAUACGGAAUCCGGCAUGAGAAGACGGUUCCACGAACUCCGCAACACAAUGGUGCAGCCGAAAGAAUGAAUCGGACCAUUAUGGAGAAAGUUCGUUGCAUGCUAAGUAUGGCUAAACUACCUAAGCCAUUCUGGGGUGAAGCUGUGCUGACAGCUUGUUAUCUUAUAAACAGGUCACCUUCUGUUCCUUUAAACUUUGAAGUGCCAGAGAAGAAAUGGUCAAGAAGAGAUGUUUCUUACUCUCACUUGAAAGUGUUCGGGUGCAAGGCAUUUGCACAUGUGUCCAAGGAGUUGAGACAGAAGUUUGAUCUCAAGUCAAACCCAUGCAUCUUCAUCGGGUAUGGUGAUGAAGAAUUCGGAUACCGGUUGUGGGAUCCCGAAUUGAAGAAAGUUGUACGAAGCAGAGAUGUUGUAUUUCAUGAAAACGAGUUUCAUGGGCGUGUUCCAAUAAUCCGCCAACAACAUACUCCAGAAGACGAAGUGUCUGUAUCAUCAAACAUUCCUCUCAGCGACGAGGAGAUGCAUGAUACUACUGAACAAGAGAGUGAUGGUUCAGUAGGUGAUGAUGAUACUCACAGUGAUGAUAUUCCUCAGCAGGGGGAGCCUUCAUCUGAAGACGAAGCUGAGGGUACUCAUGUUCGACGUUCUAUGCGAGGCAUAAUUCCACAGAGAAAGUAUUCCACGUCCGAAUGGAUACUUGUUGCCAGCGAGGGGGAGCCAACGAGCAUCGCAGGUACGAGAGAAAUAAAGAAAAAGGUGGAGGGGGAGAUUUGUAGGGAGUUUCCACCUUCUUUCUUGGAAGUUGCCAAGAGGCAUCUCACACCUUCUUGGAAGGAGGUCUCCAACAAAUAAAGAUGGGAGAAGAUAUGGAGAUAACUAUGGAAGCAUGGAUGCAACUUCCUCUUGUCUCCAAAGUAGCCUAUAAAUAGAGUGUUCUAUUGUUGUUCAUAUCAUCAGUUUAGAAAGUGAGAAAAGUGUGUGAAGAGUGAAAUACACUUAGAGUAGAAGUGUAUUGGUGAGGAUUGGUUUUUUGUAAUAGUUGAGUGUGAGAGUUUGC